UCUCCGCCUGUCAAAGUGUCAAGCGUCGCCGCGUCGCCGCCGCUCGGCAUUCGCUCUCCGCAUUGACGAACACCACAUUCUGUGGUUGUUUUGUGUUGUUCUUGACACUCAUUCAGGUCAUUUACCCCCUCUUCCUCCGCCGCGCGAAUUAAUGCCGCCUCCCGCAUUUCGUCGACUGCCUCGAUGACGGACUCUCGCAGGGAGUGGCCGCACGUUCCUUUCCGUCGCCGCCGCCGUUGUCGACCGGGGUCACCCCCUCUACGUUGCCCGUCCCGGCCGGGUUAGGAUCGCCCUAAGUCGGCGGGGAAUCUAGGCGAGCGCCGUGGUCUGCAGGGCCUAACGUCGGUGUCCCCCGGUGUGACAGGAGUCUUCAAGAGCCAGCCCCGGGACAGAGAACCCUCCGUGUUAUUGCAUCGUAGCUCUCAGCGACAGCCAAGAUGAUGUGCGAGGUGAUGCCGACGAUCAGCGAGGACGGGCCCGCCCGGCGCGGCUCGCAGGGCUCGGACGAUGCGAGCUUCGAGCAGCUGAUGGUGAGCAUGCUGGAUGAGCGCGACAAGCUGCUGGACACCCUGCGGGAGAGCCAGGAGGCGCUGGUCGCCAUGCAGUCACGCUACCAGGAGGCGACGCACGAGAGGGACUCUCUGCACCGCCAGCUCACGUCCGCCCAGCCGCAGGAGUUCGCCGCCCUCACCAAGGAGCUCAAUGCCUGCCGCGAGCAGCUUCUGGAGAAGGAAGAGGAGGUGUCGGAGCUCAAGGCCGAGCGCAACAACACCCGGCUGUUGCUGGAGCACCUGGAGUGCCUGGUGUCGCGGCACGAGCGCUCGCUGCGCAUGACGGUGGUGAAGCGGCAGGCGCAGUCGUCGUCCGGCGUCUCCAGCGAGGUGGAGGUGCUCAAGGCCCUCAAGUCGCUCUUCGAGCACCACAAGGCGCUGGACGAGAAGGUUCGGGAAAGGCUGAGAGUCGCCCUGGAGAGAGUGGCAACCCUCGAGCAAGAACUCACCUCGGCAAACCAAGAGCUGUCCGUGCUGAGGGAGCAGGCGGCGUUGUCUCAGCCGCGGAUGGGCUCGGGGGAUGGAGCCGAGGACACGGAGCAGCAGAAGCAGCCGGAGGGCGAGCAGAGAGGGCCCGGAAAGCGACUGUCCAAUGGCUCGGUGGAGACGGAGGACCUGGUGAGCCGCGUGCUGGACCUGCAGCAGACUCUGGAGAGGCAGAACCUGGAGCUGGGCCAAAUGAAGGACCGUCUCGUGGCGCUGUCGUCUCGCGUGUCCGAGCUCGAGGGAGACCUGGACACGGCACGCAAGGACCUCAUCAAGUCGGAGGAAGGGAACGCCAGAUAUCAGCGAGACAUCCGAGAGGCUAUGGCCCAGAAGGAGGACAUGGAGGAACGGAUCACCACCCUCGAGAAGCGAUACCUGGGUGCCCAGCGAGAGGCCACGUCACUCCACGACCUGAACGACAAGCUGGAGAACGAGCUCGCCAACAAGGAAGCCGUGAUCAGACAGAGCGAGGACCGCGCACGGCAGAUGCAGGAGCGGCUGGAGCUGGGUGAGCAGAAGCUGCAGCAGACGCUCAAGAAGGCGCAGACGCUGCCGGAGAUCGAGGCGGAGCUUGCGCAGCGCGUCGUCGCGCUCACCAAGGCAGAAGAGAGGCACGGCAAUGUGGAGGAGAGGCUGAGACAACUGGAGGCUCAGCUGGAGGAGAAGAACCAAGAGCUGCAGAUGGCUCGUCAGCGCGAGAAAAUGAACGAAGAGCACAACAAGCGGCUGUCGGACACCGUGGACAAGCUGCUGUCCGAGUCCAACGAGCGGCUGCAGCUGCACCUCAAAGAGCGGAUGUCUGCCCUCGAGGAGAAGAAUUCUCUGAACCAUGAACUGGACAGCAUCAGGAAACACCUGGAGGAGACGCAGCAUGACAAGGAGCGGUUGCUGGAGGAGGUGGCGACGUUGCGGGCAGAGAUGGACCAAUGGAGGCUCAACCCGGGCUGCGAACCAAUGCUGAGCAGGACGAGGCUUGGCAGUGCCCCCGACUUGGGCCUCACCGUGCGGUCGGCGGCAAUGGAGCCCAUGGGUCACUACUCCAACUCGAGCCUGGUCCACCGGCGGCCGCAGACCGGCAGGAUCGUCGCGCUGCGUGAAGACCCGAGCAAGGUGCACACCCUGAACGAGCAGGCGUGGCAGCGUGCCCAGCAGGCGAGCGUGCUGGCGAGCGUGGCGCACGCCUUCGAGAGCGACCCCGAGGGGUCGGACGAGGACGAGCGCGAGACGGUGUUCAGCGCCGCCGACCUCCUGUCGCCCGUCGGCCACUCGGACGCGCACACGCUGGCGCGCCGCCUGCAGCAGCAGCUGGACGCCAUCAACCAGGAAAUCCGGCUGAUCCAGGAGGAGAAGGAGUCGACGGAGCAGCUGGCGGAGGAGAUCGAGAUCCGUGUGGGUGGCAGCAGCAGCAGCGGCGGCAGCAGCACCAUGCCCAUGCCACGGCUGCGAUCGGCGCGCUCCAUCCCCGGCUCGCUCACUGCCACCGCCACGCUCGCUACCAACUCGGCGCCCGUCAGCGGAUACGCCACGCCCAAGCGGCUCACGCACAGCCCCGCGCACGACCCGGACCGCCACGGGGCCAUGACGCUGCCUAGUGAUUUAAGGAAGCAUCAUAGGAAGGCCGGCGGGUCGCGGGACGACCCGAGGGAGGACAAGGCAACGAUACGGUGCGAGACGUCCCCACCGCCCAGCCCGAGGGUGGGCGCCGAGAAGGGCACGCAGCUCACGCGCUCGGCCAGCCAGGAGGAACUCCGAGGGCCACCUGUGUCCCAGGAUGGCCAAGCCAGCAAUCCCAGCAGCAGCAACAGCAGCCAGGACUCCCUGCACAAGGCGCAGAAAAAGAAAGGGAUCAAGUCCUCCAUCGGUCGCCUCUUCGGCAAGAAGGAGAAGGCUCGGAUCACCGGGGCUAUUAAGGAGAUGCCUCUGCAAGGCCCAGGAAGCCUUGGGGAAGUCGACAGUGCUACCCAGGAUGCCCUGGGACUUGGGAAACUGGGGACGCAGGCGGAGAAGGAAAGGAGAAUGAAAAAGAAGCAUGAGCUCCUGGAAGACGCCCGCAGGAAAGUCCUUCCCUUCGCACAGUGGGACGGGCCAACGGUUGUUGCGUGGCUGGAGCUGUGGGUGGGCAUGCCGGCGUGGUACGUGGCGGCGUGCCGCGCCAACGUCAAGAGCGGCGCCAUCAUGUCGGCGCUGUCGGACACGGAGAUCCAGCGCGAGAUCGGCAUCUCGAACCCGCUGCACCGGCUCAAGCUGCGCCUCGCCAUCCAGGAGAUGGUGUCGCUCACCAGCCCCUCGGCACCACCCACCUCCAGAACGUCGACGGGCAAUGUGUGGGUGACUCACGAGGAAAUGGAAAACAUGGCGGCGGCUCCCAAAACGGAUGCCGAUGAGGGAAGCUGGGCACAGACGCUGGCGUACAGCGACAUGAACCACGAGUGGGUGGGCAACGAGUGGCUGCCCAGCCUAGGCCUGCCCCAGUACCGCAGCUACUUCAUGGAGUGCCUCGUGGACGCACGCAUGCUCGACCACCUCACCAAGAAGGACCUGCGGGGCCAGCUCAAGAUGGUCGACAGCUUCCACAGAACCAGCCUGCAGUAUGGCAUCAUGUGCCUGAAGCGAUUAAACUACGAUCGCCAAGAGCUGGAAAGGAAAAGAGAGGACAGCCAACAUGAAAUACAAGACGUGGUGGUGUGGAGCAACGAGCGGGUGGUUCGCUGGGUGCAGUCUGUGGGACUCCGGGAGUACGCCAACAGCCUGAUCGAGAGCGGGAUCCACGGUGCCUUGCUAGCCCUGGACGAGAGCUUUGACCACACGAGCCUGGCACUGGCCCUGCAGAUCCCGACGCAGAACACGCAGGCAAGACAAGUGCUGGAACGCGAAUACAACAACCUGCUGGCGUUGGGAACAGAUCGGAGGUUGGACGAUGGCACCGAGAAGGGCUUCCAGCGCACGCCGUCGUGGCGGAAGCGCUUCCAGCCGCGCGAGGUGCGUGGCGCCGUCGGCAUGGGCCUGGGCUCAUCUGAAACGCUGCCCGCCAGCUUCCGCGUCCCGCAAGGCGUCACGCCGUCCCCCACCAUGCAGCCCAAGCGCAUCCAGCAGGACGGUGGCCCCCUGUUUGGGUCUCAGCGUCUAGACAACACGGUGCGGACGUACUCUUGCUAGCCGCGCGCCGGCUUACCCGGCCGGACGCGGGCGCGUCUACCCCCAUUACUUCUACCGAUGAACGCGGAGGGACCCGGGCGGGAGCGCGAAGGUCCGCCACACUAUGCAACGAGCAUAGAGAGGAGUCAGGAGCAACGGAAUGUACCGCCGCGCCGCAGCGAAGCCGGACCGGCCUCGUGAUGGAAACAAACAAAACCUUCCACAUGCCACACAAAUGCUAUUUUGUGAUAUUAACGUGUAAGCUAUACGGAUUAACACAUGGGGGGGGGGGGGGGGGGACUGCAAAGAUAAGAUUUUUUUUAUAGAUAAUAAAAAAAUGAAUGAAAAAAACCCUCAAAUAAAAAACGAAAUAUUUGAGUUUAAUAUAUUUAUACAGCUGUUAUGUACAUGAUAGUAGAUGGUGCUUUCUUAUGAUACAUUUCUGUUUGUUGGACAUUCUGUAACGGAUCGCUAAUUUGCUUUUUUUAUUACGUUUGUCCUUAGUUACGUGUGUCACGCUAUUUCGUGAAUUUUAUGCAAAUGUAGCCUUUUCUGUUUUUUUAUUUCCAAUACUGUAUACUACUACAAAGUCUAAUAAUGUAAACUAAUAUUAUUUUGCUAGAUUAUUAUUAUUUUUGCUAGUCCCAUGAGAUGUGUGUAAUAUAGAUGCGUGUGUAUAUGCAGGAGCAGAGCUGUGAGGUGUGGGGGAAAUCGUGAUCUGGUCUCGAUAUCAAACAGAGUUGGCGAAAGGUGUGCGUCCCCACGUUGCUUCCGGGGAGGUUGUUUUUUUGUGCCCUUCCCUCUUUUGUGACGCAAACGAGAGGAGUGCACUCGUCACCUCGCCUGAAACACGCACCCACAACGACAAAAGGCUGUUCCUGCCUUUGUGCGAGCACGCGCCGUCUGACCGUACGAGCUAAUGUGUGGAACAUCUGCCGACUCUCUUGUGGAACGGUACUCAUCGCCCGAACAUUUGCGCGACCUCGUCUCAAUUUGGGGGGGGUGUGAACGCUGUCAUCACGGCUACUCGCCGUCGCCGCGAGCCCGCGACGGAGGAUUUCGUUACAGCAAGCUACCGGCUGUAGCGCUAAUGCGAAAGCGGCACGCUGACCACUUUGCCUCCGCUUGAUGCCCCAGCGCCCCUCGCUCUUCUAGGUUUGACCCCGAAAUGCUUCGGGCACGUGUCGAACCCAUUCUUCGUGCCCCCCCACCAGCCCGUCGUGUUCGCGUCCGCCCUGUGCGUACGUACGUGGGGCAUGCGAAUCUUUUUUUUACGAGACCCUCCCACGGCCACAUAUCGUGCUGCAGUAGGACUCUGGCGUUGAACCGGGGAGUUGGCAGGUGCGGAUAAAAUGAUGUAUACACAUGUACGUGUUUUGUGUGUGUGUGUGUACACACAUACAAUUUUAAAAUGCUUAACGGUACAAAAUGCAGCCACAUACGGUGGAUGAAUUCUCCCCCCCCCCCCCCGCCCUUCUGUAGAAGCCCCUGUGUAUGUCUGAUCAAUUUUCAGAAUGUAUAAAGCUGGGCAAGUGUACAUAAAUGCUCAUUGUUUUUUUUUUGUUAAAGAAUGUAAAAUACAUGAACAGAGCAAACUGA